UAACCACAGAUAUGUUGUGAACACUGUUGCAUUGUGGGACAGAUGAUUGACGCGGCGGCCAUUUUCCCGCUGGACGCUGCUUCCCAUUGUGGAUACGAAGAAGAAAAUACAGACAAGCGAAACAUUUCUCACGACUUCUACUCACUUUUCCCCCAGGUGAUCUUUAGUAGCCAUGGCCCGUACCAAGCAGACUGCCCGUAAGUCCACUGGAGGCAAAGCCCCACGUAAACAGCUGGCCACGAAGGCUGCUCGUAAGAGCGCCCCUUCUACUGGUGGUGUCAAGAAGCCCCAUCGUUACAGGCCUGGUACUGUGGCUCUGCGUGAGAUUCGUCGUUAUCAGAAGUCCACUGAGCUGCUGAUCCGCAAGCUGCCCUUCCAGCGCCUGGUGAGAGAAAUCGCCCAGGACUUCAAGACUGAUCUGCGUUUCCAGAGCGCAGCCAUCGGAGCUCUGCAGGAGGCCAGCGAAGCCUACCUGGUGGGUCUGUUUGAGGACACCAACUUGUGCGCCAUCCACGCCAAGCGUGUCACCAUCAUGCCCAAAGACAUCCAGCUGGCACGUCGUAUCCGCGGGGAGCGUGCUUAAAAGCUCCUUUCAGUCUUUCUCCUCUUCACCUCUUCCUACCCUUCCUUCACCAGUCUGUCUCUCCGUCCCUCUGCCCCUCACCCAGUCCCUUCCUCCCUCCCUUCCGGUGUUAGUAGUAUGUAGAGGAAAACUGAUUAUAUUAUGGAUAAAGUGUAUAGUCGUGUUUUUCUUAGUGCUCUUGGCAGCAGACUUCUAGGGUACUCUCUUUUUGUGCAUGUACCGACUCUUUGGUGAUGAGGUCUCCUCAAGCACACGUCUCCUUGUUAGCACUGUUUCUCAUUUGACUCUGUGGGGAUGACGAUGAUUUGUGGUUUGAGUCAGAGGAAAAAAAAUGAUUGGAACAAUGUAAAUUUGGAAGGGACAGACAGUAGGAGAGGAUGGGUAUUUGUCUGCUGGGGGACUCUGGUCUCUUUACUGCAGCAGGGUGCUAGAAGAACUUACCCGGUCCUCUUCUCCUGCUUUCUAUCCUCUGCCAGCCGCGCUCCGUAGUGUGCAGGGACAAAGGUGUUUGUCUCCUGUCACGACAGCCGAGGCUGGAUUUUCUGUCCCUGGAUGUGUCUGCAUGAGUGUUGGCUCUGAUCACCACAGCAAAUUGUAUACAAUCCAUCAGCAUAUUUGAAGAAGUUGAUUUACCAUAUUGAUCAUCGCUGUCAGUCAUCAUUUUAGUCAUUCAUUUUUUUCCUUCCUAAUAAGUCUCAUGCACAGGAUAUUUUUUUUUCACUUCAAACUAUUUGUGGUAGACAUGGAGAUGGGGGGAUAAAUCAGAUUAAAAACCUGCAGUGAACAAAAACAAAAAAAAACAAAACAGAUUUGAACGAUUUUUUUUUUCUACUGAAAUGUGAAGCUACUGACUCAUUUUGGCACCAAAGUUGGAUCCUCUUGUAGACACUCUUUUCCUAACUUACAGAAGAGUUUAACCUCAUCUGUUUUUGUGGUGUUCAAAUUGGUUUCAUCUAAUUCUUUAAAGCCAAAGCUUGAGAGCUCAAGUAUGGUGUCAGAGAUACUUUUUUAGCAGUGGCUCAUUUUUUAACAAAGAACCUUUUUAAUAACAAAGGUUCAUCUAGGUUUGUAAUUUUCUCCAAAACCAAAAGCUCUCCAAGGAUGAAAAUGAUUUUUUAAAAAACUAAUAACUGAUUAAAAUGUGAAAAUGUAUUGUAAAUCAGUGUUACAUGACAUAUAGUACUGGUCAUGUUUUCUGUAUACGUCCCCCCUUUGCUUCUGUUUUUUUCUCCGGAUCAGUUGAUCGUCUGUAUACCGUUCUCAGGUUGACUCCUCACCCUUUUAACUUAAGUUUUAAUUUUUUAAUUUUUUUUUUUUUUUUUUUCUCAGUUUGAUUUUCUUUUUCUUUUGAAAUGUUGAUGAUAAUGUUUCAAUUAAACAAUCUUUGUAAUUUCCAGAUUUGUCAUAUAAGGUGGUAAUAAAUGGAUGUUACACACACUCUUGUGUCUGUGUAUCCACA